AUGAAUUUAAAAUAUAUUCUCACAUUUCUAUCAUUUUCGAUUCCUUUCUCACUUUAUUUUUUUAAAGACAACUAUGGAAUUAUAGAAAAUCCACUUCCAGAAUUUAUUUUCGCUGUAAUAUAUCUUGGAGAUUUAAUCUACUAUAAAAAUUAUGAUUACUUGAAAUUAACAUUUGGAAUCACAUGUAUCCUAUAAGUAAUUAUCCCUAUAUUAUUAAUGCUAGGGCGGGUGUUUUAUUUGAUCAUGAUUGUACUAAUUUUCUCUAAUUUAAUUCUAUACAUAUUUGCAUAUAUCUACAAUAUACUCAAUGUAUAAACUAAACUUACAUAAAAAUAUAUUCUAAUUACUCCUAUACUAACUUCUAUUUAAAUCUUUGCUUUUGGUCUAGUCUGGGGAUAAUUAAAAAAUGAGAGUAUAACAAGUGUAGCUAUUAUAUUGCUUUUAUUCUUUUUAAUUGUAGCCUUUAACUCAUUUGCUUGGAUUAGAUGUUAAAAAACUAAUAUUAUUAGUUUUAUUUUUGGUGUUUUAACAGGAUUUACAAUGUUUGCUAGCUUAAUUUACUUAUGCUUUUAUUAUGAUACAAAGUAAGACUAAGACUAUAAAUCUAUUAAAUUCUUGUACCUCUUAAUACAAAUUUUGGCAGGAUCUUCUGGGAUGCAUCACAAAUUCAUAUAAAAGAUUAAAACACACUGA